UCUGAAUGCAGUGAGAGGAUCCUGGGAGACAGAGUGGCUGGAGCUAGAGUGAGCCGUGUCUCUGACUCAUUUCUGACUAUAGGCAAGUUCUUUCAAUGGGGACUAUGGCGAUGAUGUCCAGUUUCAUCCUUGUCACCAUUACUCUGGUAAUAGGCAGGGAAGCCUGGGCUCUCGAGAACUGUCUCCAGGAGCAGGCGCGGCUCCGAGCCCAGGUGCACCAGCUUGAGACCCGGGUCAAACAGCAACAAGUCAAGAUUGCGCAGCUUUUGCACGAGAAGGAAGUCCAGCUCCUCGAUAAAGGAGAGGAGAAUAGCGUCAUUGACCUUGGAAGCAAGAGGCAAUAUGCAGAUUGUUCAGAGAUUUUCAAUGAUGGGUAUAAGCGCAGUGGAUUUUACAAAAUCAAACCUCUCGAGAGCCCAGCAGAAUUCUCCGUUUAUUGUGACAUGUCUGAUGGAGGAGGAUGGACUGUAAUUCAGAGACGAUCUGAUGGCAGUGAGAACUUCAACAGAGGCUGGAAUGACUACAAAAAUGGCUUUGGGAAUUUUGUCCAAAAAAAUGGUGAAUAUUGGCUGGGUAAUAAAAAUCUUCACUUAUUAACCACACAAGGAGACUAUACUUUAAAAAUCGACCUUGCAGAUUUUGAAAAGAAUAGCCGUUAUGCACAAUAUAAAAAUUUCAAAGUUGGAGAUGAAAAGAAUUCCUAUGAGUUGAAUAUCGGGGAAUAUUCUGGAACAGCUGGAGACUCCCUUACAGGGAAAUUUCAUCCUGAGGUGCAAUGGUGGGGUAGUCACCAAAGAAUGAAAUUCAGCACGUGGGACAAAGAUAAUGACAACUACGAAGGGAACUGUGCAGAAGAAGAUCAGUCUGGCUGGUGGUUUAACAGGUGUCACUCUGCCAACCUGAAUGGUUUAUACUACACUGGCUCUUACACGGCUGAAACAGACAAUGGCGUUGUCUGGCACACCUGGCAUGGAUGGUGGUAUUCUUUGAAAUCUGUGGUUAUGAAAAUUAGGCCAAAUGAUUUUAUUCCAAAUAUUGUUUAAGUGUCCCUGUUGGGCUUUCAUUUCUACAAUUCAUCUUGAUUGAAAGUGAUUUGAAAAAUAGGAAUUCUGAACAGAUACAUGUGUGAUGAUGGCAAUUGUGGUGUCCUACUUUUCGCUCUUACUUGCCUUUUAUUACUUAAUGUACUUUCAGUACAGCAAAUAUGUGAUAUUCACCAAAUAAAGGCAGAUUAUCUUAA